CCGGUGCCGCCAUGCCGGGCCCACCCUGCGGGUCCCUGCUCGACUACAAGACUGCCAAGUUCUCUCUGACACGGAACCGGCGGGUGGGGCUCUUGCACCGGCUGCUGCAGCUGAGCGCGCUCGGCUAUCUGCUGGGGUGGGUGCUGCUGCUGCGGAAGGGGUACCAGGAGCGCGACACAGCCCCGCGUGUCGCCGUGGUCACCAAGGUGAAGGGGGCGGCGGUCGCCGAGGCCGCGGGCCGGCGGCUCUGGGACGCUGCAGAUCUCACCUGGCCCCCGCAGGGAGAAAAUGUGCUUUUCCUGGUGACCCAUUUCAUUGCCACAGUCCAGCAAGCCCAAGGCACCUGCCCUGAGAGUCCCUCUGUCCUCGACGGGAUGUGCACAGAAGAUGCAGAUUGUCCCAUGGGAAACCCUGUGGUUCAUGGCAAUGGGAUAAAAACUGGGAAAUGUUUGAUGUUCAAUGCCACCCAUUCUACCUGUGAGAUCUAUGGCUGGUGUCCUGUGGAGAAUAGCACCCUGCCCAGGAAACCUCUUCUGGCUGAGGCAGAGAAUUUCACUCUUUUUAUAAAAAAUACUGUCCACUUCACCAAAUUUAACUUCUCCAAGUGCAACACUUUACAAACCAGUGACCCCACCUAUUUCAAGAGCUGCACAUAUGAUCCAGUCUUCAACCCCUCCUGCCCUGUGUUCCGUGUCCGUGACAUGGUGGAGGCAGCUGGACAGAACUUUGGAGACCUUGCACUGCUGGGGGGAAGCAUCAGAGUUCUUAUCGAGUGGAACUGCGACCUGGACCACCCCGCUACCCAGUGCCAACCACAGUAUUCCUUCAGCCUGCAGGACAUGAGGUACAAUUUCAGAACUGCCUCCUACUACUGGGGCUCGCAGCGGCAGCUCCACCGGAACCUGCUGAAGCUCUAUGGGAUCCGCUUUGACCUCUCCGUGCAUGGCCAGGCUGGGAAGUUCAGCAUUGUUCCUACUGCCGUGAGCUGUGGCACCAGCAUCGCCUUCUUUGGUGCUGCUACAAUGGUCUGUGACCUGGUUCUGCUCUACCUUGAUGCAAAGGCUGACCUUUAUUGGAAGGAGAAAUUUGAAGAGGCAAGACCCCCUAAAGGUGAGCCUAAGGCCACAGCUUAGGGACGUCGGGAACGCUCCACCACGAACGCCCUUCCCUGCAGAGCCACCUGCAGGUAGAUCCGAUGGGGACACGGCUGCAGCCCUGGUGGAGGAGAGCAGUGCUGGCCCAGGUGGGCACUGCUGGGGUUGGGGUCUGCCUUCCCUGCAGAAGCACUGGCAGCAGCAGCAGCAGCUCUUGGCUCCUGGAGCACCAAGCCAUGCCAGGGGCCGCUCCCAGCGCUGACAGCCGGGGCUGGGCCACAGCUGCCCACGGAGCUCCUCCAGAGGGUGCUGGGGAGCAGCUGCUCCUGCUCGGCACACGAGGCUUAAAGCAUUUUGCAUUUCUACAUGUUCCAGUGAUA